UCUCGAAAUUAUCAGCACCAUGGACAAUAGAGGGUCAUCACUAAAAGCAGGCUCCUUCCUGCUUCUGCUGCUGGUGGGGUCAAACCUCGUCCUGAGCAAGAGUGUGCCCUCGCUGUCCAUCUGCCCCAGUGGGGCUGUCAACUGCCAGGUGUCCCUCCGAGACCUGUUUGACCGUGCAGUCAUCCUGUCCCACUAUAUCCAUAACCUCUCCGCAGAAAUGUUCGCCGAAUUUGAUAGACGGUAUGCCCAGGGCCGAGGUUUUAUUACCAAGGCCAUCAACAGCUGCCACACCUCUUCUCUCUCUACUCCUGAAGAUAAGGAGCAAGCUCAACAGAUUCGUCAAGAGGACCUUCUGAGCGUGAUUCUCAGCAUGCUGCGUGCCUGGAAUGUCCCUCUCUAUCACCUCGUUAUGGAAGUGCGUGGGAUGCAAGAAGCUCCGGAUGCAAUCCUCUCCAGAGCCAUCGAGAUUGAGGAGCAAAACAAACGCCUUCUCGAGGGCAUGGAGAAGAUCGUGGGCCAGGUUCAUCCCGGAAUAAGAGAAAAUGAAAUCUACUCUGUGUGGUCAGGACUCCCUUCUCUGCAGAUGGACGAUGAGGACGCCCGACUCUUUGCUUUCUAUAACCUGCUUCACUGCCUACGCCGGGAUUCGCAUAAGAUUGACAAUUAUCUCAAGCUCCUGAAGUGCCGAAUGAUCUAUGACAGCAAAUGCUAAGCCCACAUCCAUUCCAUCUAUUUCUGAGCUGGUUCUUAAUGAUCCAUCCCUUAUAAGCUUCUUUUAGUUUUAUAGCUUUUUAAUGCAUGCUUGGGGGUAAUGGGUCUCAUCUUAAAAAAUAAAAACUGACUCCUCAGAGAC